AUGAUGCUGAAGACUCCGACAAGGUCAGCCAAGGCUGUUCCCAUAUCACCAUCUGGUGGUGGAGUUGCUUCCCGGAGCGGUUGCGUUCCACCGAUGCCACCAGUCAAUACGCCGACAUCAUUCGCAACUCCUGUUGAAAAGGGGCGCCUGCCGGGAAGUGAGCAGUCCCUCGCCAUCUUGGCAUCGCUGUAUGUGCACAUCAUGAUCCGAAGAUUUGUGCCAAGUCUGGCAACGGAGAUGCACCUUACAAUACGGCUACUGCACGUGCACUCGGAGGUUACACGUAGCGGGGGCGAUAGGACCUUGAAAUUCAAGCAGGACCGUCGGGAGGAUAAUUCACCAAGCGGCAGCUCCGCAAUUAGCUCAAAGGAAAUCAGAGAUGGCCAACAUGGAACGAGUGACAAGCCCGGGAUGAAGAUCAUCUUCAAGACCGGCCUGGACUGUCGGUUGUUCGCUGCUGGUGUCCUCCUUGGGCUCAAGUCUCUGCUCCCUCACAUUGGAACGGACACGAUCGACCUCUUGGCUGAAAGUUUGGCCCUUGCUUCUCAGUCGGAGGAGCUCAUCGAAGACUUGCGCCAUGUUCUCUGUGAAGCUAAAGGUGACGGUGUCCACUCUGACGGCAAUGGCUCACGGAAUGUUGGGCAGCAAAAUGCCGAUGAUACGGCCAUCGUGCAGAGUGUAGGGGCACCGUUUGCUGCUCUCCAAUGGCGGGAGGAAGACUCGAUAAAGAAUUGGAGGACAAUAUCUGACCGAAGCAUGUUCCAGAAUCGCCAGGAGAGUGUCGACCGGUUCGGAGCCUUGCUUCGCGACUACCAGGGUUCCAAGAAGGGGCUUCAGCAAUACCCGGAUCGUGCUCUGCAAGAUCUAAGAACAGCGGCAUCUGCUUUGAUAAGCGGUCUAGCCCCGGAAAAUUUGGGAUGGCUUGCUCAGUACUUUCUGGAUCAGCUGGUCGGGUGGGGUCUUGCUCCUCCAGAGGAAACUGACUCCGAAGUAAUGGCGCUUGUCGCUCCCGCUGGGGACAAGGGCCGUGCGACUCUGCAGAAGCUUCAUCGCCGCAUCAGCACACCUAGCUCCGGCGAGGAUGGCAACGCUUUGAAGAGUAGCCAGAAACUUCGGCAUCCUGGGACACAACCUCGGCAAACACAUGCUAAACAAGAUCGAGGCUCUCACGUUGUCGGAGGAAUCCGUACAGCCAAGGGAGGAGUGCGACAACCACAGUCUCGCAAGUCCAGCACGGGCCCACGGUAUGGCAAGGGUCAAGCUCCAGCACAAAGCACACGGGUUCCGACGGCCCCAUUGCAGCUCCGCUGGUUCCCCGGCAACCAGGAAUUUUUCUACCACGUGCUGCUGGUGUUAGAUAGUUACACCUUUAACAGCCACUUGAAGGCAGAACUCGUGGCAAAGAUUGCUAGACUUUAUCAGCAACUACACACCUUCAAGGGACGGCGAACGAGAGUCGGAAACGUCGACGAACGUGGCGCGGCGAGCGACACGAGCAGCCCAGCAGUCAACAAGGGCGUCAGAGGGUUCACGGGAACCAUGGUAAAAUUAAAGGUGCUCGCGAAGUUUCUCGGCCUCUUGACCUUUAGUCCCAACUGGGGCAUUUCAGCCUUAGACUCCACGUCAAGUAGGCACGAGCCUCCUUUGGCAUCCGCGAAUGAACAGGCCCAUACGACAGGCUGUCCGCUACCCCUGGAAGCGUACCUUGACCACGCUUGGUCGACGGCUGGACUUAUGGGUGCUGUGCCAUGGAUGGCGGACUUUCUGCGGAUGAUGAAAUGGGAUGAAAUUUCUGCGCAGGUCGAGAGUCUGUUCCAAGAUUUGGGUUCUGAUCUUGGUGUGCACGGGUAUCGCCUGUUUCCCCCAGAAACCACUACCGUCAUCGACUUUGGUGCCCCGAGAGAUUGCGGCAACCAAUACACGAAGCUUCGCGAUAAACAAUACGCAACCCUGGAACUGAAGUCUGCACCUGGAUCGUUGGAUGGUGAAGUGGUGCUGAGCCGCCGCCUCAUACAGCACUGCUGCCCUUACCUGGAAGAUGUCCUGACCUUGACAAGAAACCUUGGUCGGGUGUGGAAGCAAGGUUUCGUUGUUGGAGGAAACACUACCCCGCUCCGGGCGGGUCAGUCUCCACGAACGUUUGGGGUGAGCGGCACAAGUCCUCGCAGUAGACGGGUCAUCAAGCCGCAUCCGUUGAAACCGAUACGCGCGCUGCCGAGCCUCCCUGAGCAGAUACAUCGUGGACGUUCGGAUGAAAACGCUGGAACAGUCCGAGAAAGCGCUCACACCGAGAGUGCCCGCCUUCGAUUGGUGGAGGCUUUUUUUCACUCUCUGCCGGGCGAGUUGCAGGCAUCCGCUGAUUUUGUCGUCAGUCGUGCCGUGCAAAAUGCGAGCGAGGAGGUCUUGGUGUCGGUCGUUAGGCCCGCGGUGGCUGCUGCAGUCAGACGACUUCCAGUGGCCUUCAACCAGACCGAUAGGCUGGACUACGAACGGCCCGCAUCAAACACUUUGAUGGGGGCCUCCAACGAGGCAGGCGAAGGACUUAUCAGGCAGCACCUUGACCAGCAACUUGCUUGGACAACAGCUGCUCUUGGUGAGGGCCUCGCUUCCAACGCCAGGGCUCUUGCUGGAAACCGGGGCAACGCUAUCGCCAAAGCUACCACGUUAGCGCUUGUUCCGCGUUCGCUCUCACUCAGGGUUCGUCAGACGGCGGCGGCGAUCGCUGGUCACCACGCACAGCAAGCAGCUGCCAGCAAAAUCGAGGAACUGAUAACUGCCACGGUUUUGGAGGCGGUGAGUGCGUACCACAGCGACCUUGAACGGGCUCAGAAGAAGCAGCCGACAGGUGGUGUGGAAUGCCGGAGCCCCAAAAGCCCGGAGGUACUCGCAAGCCUGCUUCCUAGAGAUCCAGCAUCUGACCUAUGUGCAAUUGCAUCGAAGCUAUGUGCUCAUGUCGACAAGUGCGAAGGUCACAGAGAGCGAAGGUUUUUAGAAGCGGUGCACCGCGUGUCCAUCAGCAGCACCGACGACGAUAUCGAGUCAAACGACCCAAAAAGCAUCAUUGGCGAGACGUGGCAGCUGGUGGACGCGGUUCGACGGUGUCGAGAUUCCAGUGGUAUCCCAGAAACCAUUCACGACACCCACGAUGUGUCUGAGGAACUUGAGAGGACACCGGCGCAAAGGUUUCGUGAUCAUGUGACACAGGAUCCAAACGUCCUGGAAACCUUUCUGGCUUCGCUGGCACUCUUCUACCGGACGUUGCCUGACUGCAUUUGGCGACCAAUUCCAAACAGUUCCACGCUGGGCUCCAUGUCAAGUGACGUUGUUGGAAAUCUGGUUCACCUUGCUGCAAGGGCAUGGGAACGAAACGCGAGAUAUUGGCAGAAGGACAAGGAUCCCGGCCAAGAACGUUGCCUCCGUUUCCCCCCUUGCGAGCCUGUACUACAGCUCAUGUUGUGGGGCGCUAUUUCUGUUGUCACUGCGGAGAAUGUACUUCUGUCGUGUAUACAAACCGCGACUAGGGGAUCUACUUCGCAAACAGGUGUAAUGUGUCCUGAAGCACGUUGGGAUGAGACGAGCCCGUCAUCUGUGAUAGCCGUGGCCACAGCUGUUGUGAAGGGCUACCAUAGCCUCGCUCUCGGCAAGGAUUUGUGGACGGUAUUCCUCGACGAUCUUUUGGACGUUACGGCAGGCUCGGUACCUGCCAUGGACCUUUCCAAGCCCUUCCGCUACCACCCGAUGGACCUUUGCCGGCUUAUUGCUCGUCUGUGCCGAACUUAG